AUGAAGCCAUGUGAAGGCUUUAUACGAGCUAGAUUUUGUUCGCCCAUUCAAAGGGGGAUCUCUUGUCCCUCUGAGGACCCAAACAGCACCAAAAUUGUGGAGUUCUUCAAUGCAUGGAAUGACUCGGAAGCCAAUGCCUGCACACUGAUGGACCUGCCUCUUAGAACCCCAACAAUGACUGUCCAAGAUGUUCCCGAUGCCUUUCCUACAGUGGAUGUCCCAGACCAUGUCCAUUAUACAAUUGGAAUAGUCAUUCUUUUAGUGGGGAUCACAGGAACUCUGGGUAAUUUCCUGGUCAUCUAUGCUUUCUGCAGGAGUAGGAGCCUUCAGACUCCAGCCAACAUAUUCAUCAUCAAUCUCGCUAUUAGUGACUUCCUGAUGUCCAUUACGCAGUCUCCAGUUUUUUUCACCAACAGCCUCCACAAACGCUGGAUUUUUGGUGAGAAAGGCUGUGAGCUGUAUGCCUUCUGCGGAGCUCUUUUUGGCAUUACAUCUAUGAUCACGUUGAUGGUGAUUGCCUUGGACAGAUAUUUUGUCAUCACAAAACCUCUGGCUUCUGUUGGAGUGAUGUCUAAGAAGAAGGCCUUGGUAAUCCUGGUAGGAGUCUGGCUGUACUCUCUGGCUUGGAGCCUCCCACCCUUCUUUGGAUGGAGUGCAUAUGUUCCCGAGGGUCUGCUGACUUCCUGUUCCUGGGACUACAUGACUUUCACACCAUCAGUCCGCGCCUACACAAUGCUGCUUUUCUGCUUUGUCUUUUUCAUUCCUUUGAUUGCUAUUUUGUACAGCUAUGUCUUUAUAUUUGAGGCUAUCAGGAAGGCCAACAAGUCUAUUCAGACAUUUGGAUGCAAACAUGGAAAUAAAGAGUUCCAGAAACAGUAUCAGAGGAUGAAAAAUGAGUGGAAGAUGGCCAAAAUUGCACUGAUUGUCAUCUUGCUUUAUGUCAUUUCCUGGUCACCAUACUCUGUUGUUGCUCUGGUAGCUUUUGCUGGGUAUUCCCACGUCCUAACACCGUUCAUGAACUCCAUACCAGCUGUGAUUGCCAAAGCUUCUGUCAUCCAUAACCCCAUCAUUUAUGCCAUCACUCACCCCAAAUACAGAAGAGCCAUUGCAACAUAUGUUCCUUGCCUUGGAGCCCUGCUGAGAGUUUCUCCUAAAGACUCACAGUCUUUCAGCAGUUAUCCCUCCUCCAGAAGAGCAACCGUGACCAGCCAGUCUUCUGAGCUAAGUGGGAUGCAGAAAGGAAGAAGGCGACUGUCUUCUCUCUCUGACAGUGAAUCAGGCUGUACUGACACAGAAACUGAUACCCCCAGUAUGUUCUCCAGAGUUGCUGGCAGACAGAUUUCCUGCGAAAAGGGUAAAGACACAACUCAAACUAGUGACAUAAGAGCCAAACCUAAACUGAAGCGCCAUGAUUCUGGGAUCUGUGAGCAGACAGCUAUAGGUGCUGAUGACAUAUCCAUGGUGGAAUUGAAUGUCACAGAGGACACUGCUACACCUACUAGGGGUGAGAGUCUGAAUGGUAUUGGACAAAGAAAAGGAGAGUCUCACCACGGACCGCCUGCAGCCCAGAUACCCAGCAUUACAAUUACAUACAGCAAUGUCCAGGGAGUAGAGCUGCCUUCUGGAUACAACUCAGGUUUUCUGUACCCAAAGAUCAACAGCCACAAGCAAAACAAGAAGUCAAACAGCUAAGUGAGUGGUGCAAGCCAGAAUGUCACCUUAGCCAAUACCUAUGGAACAACUAUGGAUCAGCUGAAUCCAGAACACAUUGUUCUGAAAUGCUUCCACAAAGACACAACACAAGACAAGCAAGGAUAAAAGCAAGGGGAGUAAGCUUUUCAGCAUCAGAACUCUCUCCAGUGGCUCACUUCUCGAUUUGGGCCACAUUGUAAUUUUAUUCUCUCUUCUUUAUGCAGCUCAUGAAACAGUUUCUUCCACUUGGAGUUUACUCUGCUCAGGUAUAUUCCACCACUGCAUGGAUGUUACCUACAAGCCUCCUAGGAUUAACUUGAGAGGAAAGGGAAGCGUGAGAUCCAAAACUGGCCUUUGUUCACUUAGUGUAGUUUAACUUCAAAGCUAUUACUGAGCUAAAGCUAAGAGAUUUGUGGGAAAACAUAAUUACUUCCUGAAGAUGGUUUCUUCAUUAUUGUGAGGUUCCUCAACCAAAUGAAACUUUAAUCACACAGUCAGUGCUCCCUUCUCUCAUUAAUUACAUAUUUUCCCUCAUUUUCUUGGACAAUCCAACUGAAAGGCAAUGUACUUGAGCAGUAGUUUGAAGUUUCAGAUCUUUAAUUUCUGAGAUUCUGGGAGAAGAGAAAGGAAUCACACUGAGGAUGAGGCUAUGGUCUUUUCCAUACUUAGCUUCUUUUUCCAACAGUCACUUAAGAGACCAGUUUAACCUGCUCUUAGCUAACCUCCCCAGAGCCUUUGGAAAGUAUUAGGAAACUUCUUCCAACUUUCCUUUAGCAGGUUUCAUGGGAAGAAUGCAGAAUUCAAAGCAAUGUUUGUACUGAAAUGUCUUAUGGGUAAGUCAAUACAUCUGCCUUCUAAUACCUCAAAAUGGUUUAUGUUUUGAUGUGCUUUUCUGAAGUAAAUCUUGGAAGGAGAAGGGUUCUCCAAAAACAGUUGUUCUAGAGAUGUCUGCAAUCCACACUAUCCCCACUUUAGCAUUUUAAUUUUUCCCUUCUCUGAACAGCAGCAUCCUUAUAGCUGAGGAUUUUUUCCACAGUGACUAAAUCCAUGAGAUUGUACUUAUUUCCCCUGAAAGGAAAGGAAAAGAGUUCUAUGAAACAGUAAUUUUCUGCUUUUCCCUGGUUGUCCUUCUAGCUCUUGAGAAUAAAUGGAC